AUGUCGUCAAAUACUUACAACGAAAAUGAGAAUGAAGAGGACAUCUACCUCGACGAGGCGGACGCCGAAGAAAUCGUCGAAGGCGACGAGGACCACCCAAUGGACUCGGACGACGACAAUGAAGACCACGCAAUGCAAGAAGAAAUCACACUCCAAAACGAUUCCGUCGCGCAUUUCGAUUACCACACAGACUCUGUGUUUUGCAUUGCGCAACACCCUGUCCAUCAAUCAAUAGUAAUUACGGGUUCUGGUGACGAUACAGGUUACAUAGUCGAUACGACUCCCACGGAUGAGCGGCCGUUACUUCCACAAAGCUACGAGUCGAAUCCGCAACCGAAGACGGAGCGGAAAUCCUUGGAGCCGAUUAAGAAGUUGGAGGGACAUAAAGAUUCCGUGAAUGCGGUAGCGUUUACGAGUCCCAGGGGUGAAUAUGCGCUUACGGCUGGKCUCGAUGGACGAUUGCGCGUAUACAGAGAUACGACGGCACAAAAGACGGGGAUGAUGUGGGAGUUUGUCGCCGAGGCACAGGAAGUUGAAGAGAUCAAUUGGCUGGCUGUAGCUCCGGCUCAGGAGGGUCAGGAAGAUGGUCACAAUAUUGUUGCGAUUGGCGGUAAUGAUGGUAGUGCUUGGGUGUUCAAAAUUGAUCAUACGGAUGCCGCUCAGCCUAUUUCGAUUGUUCAGACCUUCUUUCAGCAUACCAUGGCUUGUACGGCGGGUGCAUGGACUCCUGACGGAAAGCUUUUGGCGACUGUUUCGGAGGAUGGCAGUUUCUAUGUGAAUGAUGUUUUCGGGCAAGCUGCUGCUGCGGGAUAUGCUUACUCUGCGGGCACAACCGCAGUUGUGGGACAUACGGCAGAAGAUCAGCGAUUCGCUGUUGAAGGUGGUCUAUACUCCAUUGCCAUAUCCCCUUCGGGUGCCAUUGCUGCUGUCGGUGGUGCCGAGGGUCAUAUCAAGGUGGUCGGUUUGCCUCGUUUGUCAGCGCCUGCUGCGAAGUCGAAAGGUAAAGCAGCACCUGCAGGUGGCGCACAAGCAACGGGCGCUGGCGCCCUUCUUGCCUCUUUGCAAGCACAGUCUGAUAGCGUUGAAAGCUUAUCGUUCUCUUCUCUGCCUCUGACAAUGCUCGCUUCUGGCUCUGUCGACGGAUCAAUCUGCCUAUUCGAUGUCGCGCAUCGAUUUGCAGUACGAAGACAUAUCCGUGAUGCUCAUGAAGGUGCUACAGUAGUCAAAGUCGAAUUCCUGCAGCAACCUUCUCAAGCUGGUACCCCUUUGACCCGUCCUGGCCUACCAGGACCGGCUACAAAUGCUGCAGGUCAAGGACGACCGUGGGUUCUUACCUCUGCUGGUUUGGAUGGCGUUGUGCGACGAUGGGAUGCUCGAGGCGGCACUGCAGCGGCAGGACAGGGUUUGCUUCAGGAAUGGAGAGGUCAUUUGGGAUUGGUCGAGACUGAAGGUGGGGAACAAUCUGGUGGUAUACUUGGGUUUGUGCAGGGACAUGCUGGAGGGAAGCGGGUUGUCACUGCAGGUGAUGACGGUGUCGUGCUUGUUUAUGAAGAAUAG